AUGACGCAGUAUUCCUUGGACAGCAGAGACGUCCGCAAUCAGGGCUUCUGGCAGCGCCACAACGACAAGCUCAAUUUCCUCUUACAUCCGACCCUUAGCCGCGUAGACGCAGCAAUACCAGAGAUGUCGUCGUACCUGCAGAAGCUGAAAAGGCAGUCCAAGCAAUUCAUGCCACAGAGUGAAGGAAAGAAGGCAGACACUGCUCAAGUUCAAGAAGCCACCAAAGCCCCGGAGCCACCAAAGAUUCAAGAACCCGCGACCACAACUGCCGGACCCAGUGGACCCGUGCCGACGGCGCCUACGCCAACCGUGGCAGAACCCGCCGACCACACCGAAGCAGAGCCCGUAUUGGAUGAGGAGGACCAGGUCUUCCUAGAGCGCCUCGCAGCUAUCGCAUCAGAGCCUGAAGGAGAGGCUCCUCCUCUGCCCACAAGGCCAGUGGAGGUGACCGAAGCUCAAGAGAAGAAGAUGAUGGGAAGAGACCCGCAAGUGGCGCUUCUCGACGGCGCCGAAAAGCUGCCGCUGCCCACGAGUCCUCCAGAGGUUCCAGCAGAGAGCGGUGAGAAGGGCAAGGAGAAGGCAAAGGGUGGGCUGGACAGGAAGAAGAGCGUCAUGUCAUAUUUCUCGCUCGACAGGUUCAAGAAGGGAGAGGACAAGGUCGGCAAGGACAAGACCGAGAAACUGAAUGCAAAGGACAGAUCAAAAAUGGCGGAUGACUUGCAAUCUGCUGCUGAAGCCGCCAAAGCCGAUGAGCAGGAGGAGCAGAGGAGGGAAAACAAGGAGCUCACCGACGUCCUCGACCAGCUGAACCUUUCAGCCGUGAACAACCGUGUCUUCUCUUUCACCAAAGAAUCUGAAGAGUUGCUCAACAAGUUUACCCAAGUGCUCAAGGAUAUCAUCAACGGCGCACCCACAGCAUACAACGAUCUCGAGAAGCUGUUCACCGAUUACGACGCGCAAUUAAAGAAAAUGUACGGCGGCUUGCCUCCGUUCCUGCAAAACAUGGUCAAGAGCUUGCCUGCCAAAUUGACCGCCACACUAGGUCCGGAGCUGCUAGCUGCUGGGGCCGAGAAACCUGGCUUCGAUGCAAAGACUGCUGGAGCAGGGACCAAGAGCAAGAAGUCGAAGAUCCCUGGUCUUCCGACUAUCCCGAGCUUAAAGAGUCUGGUGACGGCCCAAGGCGCUGUCGCGACUGCGCUGAGGAGUAUCGUCAACUUCCUCAAGUUCCGCUUUCCCAUGUUGGCGACAGGAACGAAUCUCAUCAUGAGUUUGGCUGUGUUCCUCUUGCUCUUCGUGUUCUGGUACUGCCACAAGCGUGGUCGCGAGACCCGUCUCGAAAAAGAACGCCUUGCUGCUGACGAAGGCGAAUCUGCCCGCGCAAGCAGUGCCUCUUCUAUUAAUGAGGAUGCAGACUCCAUCUUUGGAGAAAAGCCAAAGCGCAAGCCUGUUGCAUCUAGUGUGGCGACUGAGCAGCCCACUGAGCCCUUGAUCAUCCAGGAUAGCAAUCAGAAGCGCGAUGACGCAGCUGCCGCUGUCGCUGAUAUGCCAAGUGGCGGAAAAGCUCCUGGGCCAGCAUAG